AUGGGUCAUCAGCCAGGCAUUGCUGAAGACGAGGACGACGGCAUUUGUUUAUGCUGUGCUGAGCAGGGGCUCAAUGCAAUGAUUUCGACACCUGAGCUGUCAAUCCGGACUCAAAUCGCUGAGUCAUAUGCGAACGAUUCAUUCUACACGGGAAUCAUCAAUUAUAUUCGACACCCUAGUGAGGGUUCACUCGCGAAGUUGACGAAACCAACGCGUGACAACAUCAAGCGGUACGCGCUUGAUGGUCCGCUGCUGACUUAUACAAUGGACGUUUUCGACCCACCGCGCGUCGUCAUCCCUGCUGAUGACGACCUCCGCGCACGAUUGGUGCAUGAAUUUCAUGACACUCCAACUGGUGGUCAUUUGGGUCGCGAGAAGACGUUCGCGGCCAUCUCUCGUGUAUUUUUCUGGCCUCGUAUGUACAAAUACAUCCAGAAAUGGGUACGCUCUUGUGAAAUAUGCCAGCGUGUGAAGCCUGCGCCGUCUUCACAAGCUCCAUUGCGUCCGCUUCCGAUUGCCACGGAAGCCUGGCGUUCUGUCAGCAUGGAUUUCAUCUUUGGUCUCCCUCCGGACGAACAGAAACGCACGGGCGUAUUGGUUUUGUGGAUCGAUUUAGCAAAAUGGUGCAUUUUGCUCCAGUCUCCGCGCAUGUUACGGCGGAGACGACCGCGCAGAUCUUCAUCGAUCUCAUAUUUCGACAUCACGGCUUGCCUGAACUAA